ACCGCUCGACGUUAUCACCCACGACCACCACUAAAAAAAGGCUUUGCCUAAUCUUUCAUUAUCAUGUCCACCAACUGCAGACGACGCCUCAUCCGCGAUUUUAAGCGCCUUUCUGGCGAUCCGCCUGGUGGUAUAUCAGGAAGUCCAUGCCCUGAUAACAUCAUGCUAUGGAACGCCGUCAUCUUUGGGCCAGGCGACACCCCAUUCGAAGACGGCACCUUCAAGCUGAUGCUGACAUUUGACGAAUCGUACCCGAACAAACCGCCCACCGUCAAGUUCCUCUCGCGGAUGUUCCACCCCAACGUGUAUGCGAAUGGGGAGCUGUGUUUGGAUAUUUUGCAGAAUCGGUGGUCGCCGACGUAUGACGUUGCUGCGAUCUUGACGAGCAUACAGAGCUUGUUGCAUGAUCCCAACCCGAAUAGUCCGGCGAAUGCAGAGGCGGCGCAGUUGUAUAGGGAGAAUAUGAAGGAGUAUGUUAGGAGGGUGAAGUUGACUGUUGAGGAGAGUUGGUUGGACCCUGAGGAGAAGGCUGCUCUUGGGGAGGAGCAAGGGAGUGCGUGAGUUGGCGCACUGUUCAUGAAUCUUUUUUUUUCUUUGGGUCGGUUGGUUAGUUGGUGAUGCUGGUUUGCGUUUUGUAUCGUUUUCCGGUUUUUCUCAUUUCCUACCUCCUACCUCCCUCCUUCCUUUACCUUUGCGAUCUGUCCUAUAUACCCCUUCUACCCUAUCCCUAAUUUUCCUUUUUACUCUCCAUCCCAAAUGUACCUCACCAUCUCUCAUCCUCCUCCACGUAAUCUGU